UAUUGUUUAAGGAUUGUGUGAGAAUAAUUGUGGGAUUGCAUUUAAGGGUUAGCUUGCUCUUUUGUGUCGAGGAAUGCGUAUUACUUUGCAUGUUGUUUGACAUCCACAACGACCUUUCGUCCGUUUGGUGGUAUGUGUGCCAUUUCCGUGGAAGCUGAUACGAAGCUGUUUUAAGUUCGUGUUAUUUCCUCAGUCUGCCUUUCACUCUUGUGACUUCAAAUAACAACUCUUAUCUCAGAUGAAGCUGUGAUUGAAUGUGAAAGGCCGAUUUGCUUUUGUGCGAAUUUACUCACACUUCAAACCUGGUUUAUCUCUUAAUUGUCAAGAAGAAAACAAGACUAGGAUUAAUGUCAAUGACUUAAAUAUGAAAAGCCUCAAGAUGAAACUGGAACAGAUCGAUGAAUACAAGGUCAGGACGAGCUUAACUGCAAUAUACUUUCCAACGUAAACCCACCGUUAUCAUCAUCAACAUCAUCAUCUUCAUCUUCAUCAACUUGAGACUAUACCAAGGAUUUACCACUGUCAACAUGUACAUCGCCAGAAAGAUCAUGGCGGCGUUCAAGAGAUGGCGCUCGAAGUACAAACGCUACAAAAACCAAAUUCCCGAACAGAUGAGGAACAGAAUCAUCCUACAUUAUGGAUUAUUCAAAAUAACUUGGGAUUGGCUGAUUUUGAUUUUAGUGCUUUACACUGCUAUUGAGGUGCCGUUUGUGUCAGCUUUCAUAAUAGCGCGGGAUGAAGUUGAAAACCAUGCUGGUGGAUCCUCACUAGAUUUUUUCGAGAAGUUAAGACUGAGGUACCCUGAGGCUUAUCCACUUCUGUACACUGAUCUGAUCAUAGACUUCCUUUUCAUGAUCGACAUUGUCAUGAACUUCCGCACCACAUACGUCAAGGAAGGAGAAGUCCUCAUCACCAACCCGUGGAAGAUCGCGGUUCAUUAUUUUAAGACUUACUUUGUGGUAGAUUUUGUAGCUGCCAUCCCUUGGGACUUGCUGGCCAGCCUUAACUCUGGGACAGAGGAGAACACUAUGUUGUUUAGUCUUCUUAAAACAGCUCGACUAUUACGGCUGUUUCGUGCCGCGCGGAAGCUGGAUCGAAACUAUGAGUACAUGACGUCGUUAUUGUUCUUGAUGAUCAUGUUUUUUAUGCUGGUUGCUCAUUGGUUAGCCUGCAUUUGGUAUGCAAUCGGGCAGCAAGAGGCAGUGACGUACGACGGCUUGUCCUGGCUAAGUGUUCUGGGUUAUCAGAUGGAGAAACCGAUCGAGGAUGGAGAUCCGACCAGCGGUCCCUCUCUUCGAUCCAGAUAUCUGACGUCGCUUUAUUACGUCAUGACUCUGUGUACAACUGUGGGUUUUGGUAAUGUGGCAGCAAAUACAGAUGGAGAGAGGAUUUUCUCGAUAUGCUGUAUGCUUAUGGGUGCUGUGAUGCACGCUGCUAUAUUUGGAAAUGUGACGGCCAUCAUUCACGGCCAGUACUCAAGUAACUUUCGAUAUCGCAAGGAGUCUCUGCAGAUAAACGAAUUCAUUCGCUAUUUUAAGAUUAAAAAUCCGCUGGCUAGAAGGCUCAGGGAUUAUUCGCGCCACACUUGGUCUCAAACCAAAGGAACAGACAUGGCAAGGGUCCUUCAAAAGUUUCCGGAUGGUCUUCAAUACGAAGUUCACCUUCACAUGCACCUUACUGUUCUGUCUCACUCAUUUCUCUUCCGAGAUUUCGAAGAUGGCUGCUUGAGAGCGCUUUCGAAGAAGAUGCACCGACAUCAUCACCUUCCUGGCCACCAAAUUCUACACGAGGGUGAUGAUGUCGACUCUGUGCAUCUUGUCAGGCGGGGGAAAAUCGACAUCAUGAUGUACAGCGAAACACGUGGAAGAAUGCGGGAAGGAGAUGCAUACGGUGCCAGUUUAAGGCAGAUUUCUUCUCGUCCACGGGCUGUAGUGACCUUACGAGCGUCAACAUGCGUAGACUGUCAUGUGAUAAAGCUCAAAGAUCUGGCAGACAUAUUGAGGUCAUAUCCUAACCUACGCUCUCAGCUACUGAGAAUGAUGGACGCUGCUGAUCAAAAUGAUCUGUAUGAUGAGGGCGUUGCAAAUGAAAAUGGUAAUGGAGGCGUUUACGAAGCUGGAAAGAAUGGGUCAGGGUUGAGGAAAUCAUCUUGUACGCACAAGAAAAACUCAUUGAUGGUGGAUCACGAAUUUGAAAUGAAACCAAUGCUAGGCGUUCGAAGCAGUAAGUUGCUAGAAAAAAAACCUCCUCACAGUUCGAAAGAGCGGCUCGGCAAUGGAGACUUAAACAAGUACAAGAGUAUUUCUAUAGAAGAUAACACCUCCAAUGAAACAAUUGGGCGUUUUAUCAACGUAACGCAGUUAGUUAACAUCGAAAUGGAAUCGCCUGAUGAUGUAAAUGAAAAUGUUAGAACUAGUGAAGAAGAUGAGGAGGAGGAUGAAAUUAUCAAGAAGGAUUUUACAGAGGAAGCUCCACAGCAUAAAAUAAGUUUAGCGAAGUCGACCUGCUCUGACUGUAAAACUGAGUUUAGGCCUUCGAGAAAAGCAAACUUUGAGGAACGUUUCGAGGAAAUGGCUACUAAUAUGCAGAGACUAGAAAGCAGAGUGGAGGCUCUGAUAUCUCUUUUAGAGAGAACUGGAAAUAGUAAUGCGCCGCCAGGAGGUUCUAAAGAGGAAACGAAAGGUAAUUUUUCUGUGACGUCUGUCUGAUUUUGGAUUUGUUAGAAUCUCGCGACUUCACGAAGUCAAAACGUUUUCCUUCGCCUAUGGAAUCGAGUACUGAAUCAUUUGUCCAAUGGCAAACUAAGAGAACAAACUGUUCUUCCCCUACAGAGAAUAUUGAUGGAAUUACACAGGCAUAUCGAAAUUACUACGACUACUAAGGGAGCAGUAAAUUUCAGCAAACCAAAAAAACUUACACAAAGUACAAGGUAGUUUCUGUACUUUAAGUAUGUUCCAAAAUAAUGCACUUUUUGUGAUGCAGGUAAAAGUAACUUCAAUAGACAAUUGUUUCAUGCGAAAAUUCCAGAAGCAAAGUAACACGUAGGCAAUAUUAGCGUACAUGCAAACUUUGAAAUUCUGAUACGUUUUGUACUGCCUUGAAUAGUUUUAAAGAUCCUUUCGACUCCAGGACAAACUCGAAAACACGCUCGAGGUCUCAAUACAAACUUUUAGGGAAAUAAUUGAAAAAAAAUAUUCUAUGUCGAGCUUCAUUGCGCUCAGUAAGCAGUUUCGGUAUCUUGCAUUCGCCUCGAUGCUAUUUUCGCGGAAUUCGUCCAAUGAUGUUGACGACCAUUCCCGCUAAAACUGUUAACACAAGUUCGUACACACUCACUGUUCCACUUGUGGAAAAUCUGUGAACUCACGGUCAUUCUCAUCUUAGAAUCUGAUGCUUUCUGUGCCCUUCGAUAGUUUUCUAUAAAAGGAAAGCAGUAAUCAAUGUUGAAUCAAUAAUGGCACAGCAACAAAUGACCUGCAGGCCUAUUGUUUACCAAAGGGUUCUGUCAAGUGCAAUGCGGAAAAUUUUUACCAAAAAAUUAUCAUUUCAAUCAGCAAUUUAAUUAACUAUUUCAAAGAACGCGUUUCUAUCCAGAAAAUUAUCUAUCCUCUUCACAUUCGUAAUAACUUUCUGAGAAUUUUUCAAGUAAUUGUCCUUUUUGAAAAAAAUGUAACCAAAGGUUUUUGUCCCGUUUGUUUUUAUGCUUGUAAUAAACAAUCAGCGGAACUGAGAACUUAAACAAAAAAACACGUAUAUGCGAACUUGGUCCAAUGAAUGGUCAAAAUAGCGCAGGUAUGUAAAGGAUUUGUCUUAAUUAAAGAAGUCCUGAGAAAAGAAUUACGAUGUAAUUUGAUCACUAACUGUUUCUUUGGCAAUUAUUAGUUAUUGAUUAUCAGUAAUUCAUUCAAAUUAUAACAAUAAACUAGUUUUGUAUGCACCCCGUUUUUUCAAAGAAUUGUGAAAGAAACUAUUCUUUAACCUUUUUCUUCUUGCAAACGAUUGCUACCUAACAUAACUUCAUUGUUUUCUUUUAUGAUUUCUCACGAUCAACGCUAGUUUUGACGCUCAAUUUUAAGCCGUCUUAAAAAACAAAAUGCUAAUUUGUAGAAUGUGUAAAUAAUAAUUUUGUACCAUUAGAACAGUUUUGGAAAACCUGUUGAACAGUCACUAUUUAUUACCAAAGUCAAGAAUUUGUAUUACAUCAGCUUAAUAAAAAAGUAGUCGUUCAAUAAAG